AUGGAUUCCGGCUCUGGAGAUUUUGAUUCUGAUAUCAAGAUCGAAGUAGGCACAAUGCCAACUAAGCAGAAGCCCAAGCCCAAGGGCAAGUCGAAGCCACCGAAGCCAAUGACAAGCGUUCCUUUGAUCUGCAGUAUCUGCCCAAAGAGCCCCCAAUUCUCCGACAUGUCCCACCUGCUCACGCACAUUUCCUCAAAAUCUCACUUGGCCAAUAAGUUCAAACUCACGAUCCGCUCUCAGUCGGAGCCAGCAGCCAAGAAAGAGCUAGAGGAAUUCGAGUUCUGGUACAUAAACAACAACCUUCCUGCUCUCCUCUCCGAACGCAUGGCUGUCAAGGAUCAAAAAAGAGCUGCAAAGGAUAGAAAAAACAAACUUGCCUGUAGUCUUCCAGUUGUGAGUGGAAACUUUGCAAGCCCCGUAAGUUCACUUCCUCAACCAAGGCUUGCGUAUCGUCGAGUGACUAGUGACUAACCAGGUGUCAACAUGCAAGAAGAAAGAAGAUACCAUUUCGGCAAGCUCUUCCGUACUUGAGCAAACACCUAUUUACCGUGCACCAGUUCCCCACAUGCACCUCUGGCCAACGACUCGGAGUGGAGGCAGAGCCACAACGCCAACUGCAGAUGAUUGGGCGACAGAUCAUAUCUUCGAGACACCUGUCGCCGCUCGUCGACCAAAGGUAGGGAAGAGAAAGAUGCCACAUGGUAAUGACAACCUGGAUCCGAGGUAUGCUGACAGUUUUCUUUUCGUAAAACCCAGCUAACCUUUAGCAGACUUGUUACCCCAGAAAAACUUGAUGACGAUGACGAUGAAGAGGAAAAGACUACGGAUCCGGUCGAUAGUGCAGUCAAGCUCAAGGGCAUCUUUUGGCCAGGUAUGGAUCUUUUCGACUCAGCCACCCCAGCAAUGAAGAAGAGAAGGAACCAAAAGAAGGAAGUUCGAGUCUUGAAAAAUCUAAUGGCCAUCUCAGAGGAGGUCCAGCCAGUUCAGGUCAGCUAUUUUGCCAACGGCGAGGUCAGAGAGUCCAGAGAUAUAUUUGGCCCACUUUCGGAUGUUGAAGACGCAGUGAGUACUCCCAAUAUAUUUAUCAGCUUGCUAGCCAGCCACUGUACCCUCCUUCCAUGAGCUUCCUGUGGAAAUUCAGAUUCGCCUGACAUGAUGCCUACCCCAUUUUUACCGUGCUCGUAAUUGAGGCAGCUCUCUUACUUACAUGCCUAGGAACCGCCCAAGGGUCCAUCUCCAAAGAAGCGCAAAGCCCGAAAGCCAGCUAUGUCGAAUGCUAGCACCAAUGCCCCAAAAUUGAGAGCUGCUCGCAAAACAAAGGCCAGUACCAGAGGAAGCCCAGCAAAGUUACCUACGAUGUCAUCGAUGCCAUCUAUGCAGGCUCCUAGCAACCAUGGACUCUUUAUGAAACCUAUUCCAACUCUCAACCCCUUGGCACCGGCCGCGGGUAUGACUCAAGGCUUCGUGCCAACUCGCGAGGAAGACGAGGAAUUCAAAUUGACCAUGGGCAAUAUGGGAAAUUUGAGAAAGAAGAUUCCCUUCGAAAUCUAUCAAGAGGCACCUGAGGAUAGUCCAGGUAGAUGCCCUUUUAUCCAGCACGCCCAUUUCACAAUCGCUAAUAUGAGUUUCCUUUACCUUUGAAGGACACACAGAAAGUUCUUUGGAAGAUCACCGAUUUGAUUUCUCGAGCCACGCGUUGCCUCAGCCUACGGGCAAUUCGUCGUCUUCUGGUACUCAUGUUUCUCCAACGCCUGCUCCCAAGCCUGCACCAAGCCGUCCUGUAAUUUCAUCAGGCAAGGAAAACACGAGACCAGAGAUCAGACAAACACCACCAGAGAUGCAACCACAGUCCAACUUUCAUCAUCGGCGUCCAUUAGCACCUUCCCAGGGCAUGUUUCCUUCUUACUCUCCACAUUUGUUCUAUGAUGCGUUCCACAAUCCGCUGUUCAGCCAAGAUUAUGCGCGUCCUUUUGCGUACACUAGCCACGACCAUAACUUGAACUUCACUGAUAACAUGAAAGCUUCUGGAUACGCUUCCAAUUUCAAUGGAGAUUUCAGACCAAUUACGUCCAUGACCCGUACGACGCUUUCUCACUCAAUCAAUUCGAUGGCAACGAGCAAUACCACUACCGGCGAAGCUUCCAACCAUGGUCUGAAUUUCGAUAUUUGAGUAUCUUGUGAUUCGGGCAUACAUCAACUUUCACGGGCCCCUUCUUUUUACUGGGGUAUUUAGAGAAGGACAUGCAGGGGCGUUUGACCAUUUUAUUGCUUGCAUUUGCUAUAUCAUUGUUCUCGUUUUUUCGGCCUCUCGGGAUAUUCAACACAGGACAUUACUCGG